CGCUAGCUUGCCUGCCCUUUAUAUAUACACAACGAAAUCACCCGCACAGAGGGUGCAUACCAUUAAACAGCUGAAAACACUACCAUCCGCAAUCACGGCAAACGUUCACCGCUGUUCCGAAAGCGUAUAUCGGACGAGCGGGCAAGAAUGAAGACAUUUGGAAGGUUUUGGCGUGGAUUCAAUUGACAGCGUGACGCGGCGGAACUUCCACGCCGACUGACCGAGCGAGCGUCACCGACGCCGGUCGGGGACACGGUGCAAGUCACUGGACAAGCUGCUAAGGGCGUUUCCGGUUCACAUCGCUUUAAAACUUGGCGUUUAUACCAUUUUCAACACUGGAAAUAAAAGAAGAACAAUGGUGGCAGGUUGGAGAGACAGCGACGAAGAAUUUAGCGUUCAACUAGUAGACGCUAAAGUUCCUUCGUUUGAAAAUCUGCGUGGUUAAAACAUUCAAAAAAGAUUUUAAAAAAAUUUUUUGACUCGCUAUGGAAGAGCAAGAGAGAGAGAUUUCCUACACGGAGCCCUCGGUUUCGGGCAGCGCGGUUAUGUUGGUGGUGAAUCCGAGUCGAGUGCGCCCCCCGCUGGGUGUGGUACUCGCCACGGUGCUGUACUGCGCGGAGCUGCUCAACGCCGCCGUGCUGUGCAGCAACUACCGCCGCACGGACGACGAGCACUGGCUGGGCUUCACCAUCGCCUUCAUGCUCCUGCCGGCCGUGCUCAUCCAGUUCACCCUCAUCUUCAUCCAUAGGGACGUGGACCGAGACCGGCCACUGGUCCUUCUGCUGCACUUGCUUCUCCUGGGACCCGUCAUCAGGUGUUUUGACGCCCUGGUGGUUUACUUCCGAGCUGGCAGGAAGGAGGAGCCUUAUGUGACCAUCACCAGGAAGAUCUACUUGAAGAGGGGCGAGCAGACGCGCACCGAAUGCGAAGUCAGCCGCUCGGAGCGCAUCCUGGCCACGCACAGGAACGCCUUCAAGCGCACCAGUGUCAUCCAGGCCUUCCUGGGCUCCACGCCGCAGCUUACGCUCCAGCUCUACGCCACCAUCCAGGAAAAGUACAUCCUCCCCGUACGAUUGACUCUGAUGAUCAUCACACAAAUCUCCGUCAUAUACGGGGCCCUGGUAUGCAGCGUGCUAGCCAUCGAGAUCCGCUACGACGACUACAAAGUGCGCUUCCGGGUACCCGCUUACCUGUGCAUGAUCCUGUGGCGAGGGCUGGAGAUCUCCACGCGCAUCACCGCUCUGGUCCUCAUGAGCACGGCGCUCACCCACUGGGUUAUCCUGGUGGGCAUGGCCAACCUUCUCUUCUUCUUCUUCUUGCCCUGGGCUGAAUUCUGGGCCAAGAAGGGCUCCUUGGCCCAGGACGUGGAGAAGAACUUCUCCAAAUUGGGCACGGUGGUGGUGCUGUGCCUCUUCACGCUGCUCUACGCAUGCAUCAACGUUUUCUGCUGGUCGGCCGUGCAGCUGGACCUCGGCCACGCCGAGCUCAUCGACCGCAAGCAACGCUGGGACCGGCUGGCCAUGUACUACGGCGCGCGUUUCGCCGAGAACCUUCUGCUCAUCACGCUGUGGUACUUCUUCAAGUCGGACUUCUACGAGUACGUCUGCGCGCCGCUGCUGGCCGUCCAGCUGGUCAUCUGCUACAGCCUGGCCGUGCUCUUCAUGCUGAUCUUCUAUCAGUUCUUCCACCCGUGCCGAAGCCUCUUUCAUUACAACAUCCAUGACUGCUUGAGGUGCGUCUGCUGCCGGCCAGUGGCGGGACAGAACACCGGGCGGGCCGGGAAAAUGGCUCCUUCCUACUCCACCGCCGCCACCAUGGUGCUGAUGCCCGACGAACCCCUCGGACUGCUGUCGGAAGACCCGGACGGCAACGCGGAUCAGCAGGAGACGGCGAUCCUGGACGAUAUUACGGAAUAUCCCUGAGAUGCCGGUCGUAGGGACACCUGUAUUAUGUCGUUCCCAAUGCGAUUUCAUGAAAUCGGUCCGAGAAAUUUGUUUAGCUAUGCAGAAAAAUUAAAUGAUCUUUCAUUUGACGACAGAAGAUAAGAAAUGACGCAGCUAUUUUGUUGUUGUUUUUGUUUGGGUACGCGCUGUAUGGUGGAAUAUGUUCAGAUUGUAGAUAAAGGUCGACCGAUAUAGAAUUUUCGAAGCCCGAUUUAUCUAAAAAAAAGCGAAUGUCUUAAAGCAAGCUGUUUUUGAAAGGUACUUAAAACGCUCAUUAGAUAACUGUCCAUAUUCAAGGUUCAUUUUUUCUAAGGCUAACUCCUUUGGUAACACUGGCCACUAGGUGGUGCAAAAUUCCUAUUAACAAAGAGAAUCACCCAUAGAGUGAACAUAAGUUAUUCUAUUAUAUCGGCUGAUUUUGAGCGAUCUUGAAAAAUGUCCAACUAACAGCCCGAUAUAUCGGCCGACCUUUUAAAGAAAGAUCAUGACCAAAACAGGGAACAUAGCGGGGGUGAUCGGAGUUCACAUAUCGGCCCGAUAUAUUGGCCGACCUUUAUAAGAAAGAUCAUCACCCAAACAGGGUGAUCGGAAUUUGUGUAUAAGCCCGGUAUAUCGGCCUUUCUUAAAGAUCAUCACCCAAACAGUGAACAUAACCAUUUUCUUGUCAGUCGACCUGAGCCGAUAUAUCGGCCCACCUUCAUGGCAAAGGUCACCCAAACUGUUAUCCUGUUAUAUCGGCUGAUUUUGAGCCAUCUUGAAAAAAGUCCAUCUAUCAACCCGAUAUAUCGGCUGACUUUUAUAAGAAAGAUCAUCACCCAAACAGUAAAAAGGGUGACCUGAGUUCAUAUAUCGGCCCGAUAUAUCGGCCGACCUUUACUGUAAGUGAUCUUAUUAUAUCGGCUGAUUUUGAGCUAUCUUAAAAAGUUCGUCCCUCGGCCUGAUUUAUCGGUUGUCCUUCGUAAGAAAGAUCCUAACCGUUUUCCUAUCAUGCAAUCUGAGUUCAUACUUCAGCCCGAUAUAUCGGCCGACUUUUGUAUGAAAGAUCAUCACCUAAACAGUGAACAUAACCGUUUUCCUAUCAGGCGAUCUGAGAUCAUAUUUCAGCCCGAUAUAUCGGCCUUUCUUAAAGAUCAUCACCCAAACAGUGGACAUAAGUUAUUCUAUUAUAUCAGCUGAUGUCGGGCGGUUUUGAAAAAAGUCCCUCUAUCGGCCUGAUUUAUCAGCCAACCUUUAUAAGAACGAUCAUCAUCCAAACAGUGAAAAUAUAUCGGCCGACCUUUAUUAGAAGGAUCACCCAAACAGUGGACAUAUUCUAUUAUAUCGGCUGAUAUCGGGCGAUCUUUAUAAGAUCACCUAAACUAAGUUAUUGUAUGAUAUCUGCUGAUUUCGGGUGUUCUUGAAAAAAGUCCAUGUAUCGACCCGAUAUAUCGGCCGACCUUUAUAAGAAAGAACAUCACCCAAACAGCGAACAUAACCAAUUUUCUAUCGUAUCGGGCCAUUUGAGUUCAUAUUUAGGCCCGAUAUAUCAGUAUAUCAGUGAACGUAAGUUAUUCUAGCUUCUAUAUUGGCUGAUAUUGGGCGAACUUCAACAAAGUUCAUAUAUCGGCCGACCUUUAUAAGAAAGAUAACCCAAAUUGUGAGUUAUCAUAUGAUGUUGCCUGAUAUCGGGUGUUCGUGGAAAAAAAAAACAGUCCAUCUAUCGGCUUGAUAUAUCGGCCAACCUUUGUCAGAAAGAUCAUCACCCAAACAGGGGACAUAAGUUAUUCGAUUAUAUCGGGCGAUCUUGGAAAAAAAAAAAAAUCAGUGUAUCGGCCGACCUUUUUAAGAAAGAUCAAAUAAAAAUCAAUUUCAGAAAAAAAAAUAAACUGUGAACAUAAGUUAUUCUAUUAUAUUGGCUGAUAUCGGGCGAUCUUGAAAAACGUUCAAAUAUCGACCCGAUAUAUCGGCCGACCUUUUUUAGAAAGAUCAUCACCCAAACAGUGAACAGAGGUCAUCCUAUCAUAUCGGAUGAUAUCGGGCGAUCUUGGAAAAAAAGUCCAUAUAUUGGCCCUAUAUAUCGGUUGACCUUCAAUUAUUAAUUGGAAGCGUUCCAUUAGAAUUAACCGGAAAUUUAGGAAGGAUGGCUAACUUGUGGUUGGCAUAUCUGCCUCAGUUUUAGGUUAGGGUUCCCUCUAGGGGUGUGACAAUAUAUCGGUAAGGUGAUACGCUAUAUCACAAUACUUUAUUUCACAAUAAAGUCUAUGUCCGUCAAUGGCAGUAAAUUUUCAGGUCAAUUGCUGUUGAUUGUUUUGUCACUUCCUGUUGAUUUUGGGUCAUUUAUGGGUCACCAUUUCGAUAUUUUGACGCACCCCUAGCAAGGUGGCGACUAAAUUUUUACACUUGAAUAGUUUUUAUGGUAACUCACUGCAUUGACUGCACUAGGCGUCCAAUUAGGGGAAAGAAUCGGGAGCUGCUGAAAUGUCCCAGAUUAAUAUGUGGAAUAUAUUUGGAUAUAUGGAACAAUCCUGGGUUUACAUAGUGCAGGUGUACCUACCGAAAAGAAAUCAUGUUCGUUGGACAUUUAUUUUGCUUGCCUUUCCUUCCCGAAGUGGAUUUUGCACCCCCUCAAGAAUGUAGCCUAUAUGGGACAAAGAGUGCCUUGAGAGCAGGUGCGCUAUGGACACGAGCCAAAAAGUUCAUCCGAACCCAGCCUUCGGAACCUCGCAUCAUCAUACGGAAAGAGGACAAAGUCAGAGGAAUUAGGUUUUCUCAGCCGGUUGUCGAACUGCUUCGACCGGCUGAGACGUGGCCUCGCCUUACUGAAACUGGUUUUGGGUCUAGGAGGAAAACGACAAGAUCUGUGGGAAAGAGACCUAUCGUUAGCCUCGUAGCAUAAUUGCCGAAAUCAUAUUUCACUGGUUUUGGAAAACAAAACUACGAAUACUGUACUGUUGUACAGUAGGACAAAAAAAAACAUUUCCAUUUAACCUGUGGCCAACUUGAAAGCUUUUACAAAGUGACAGAAUGCAGAUGGUAUAGUAUAGUAUAAAUAUUAUUAUAGUACACGAAUACGAUACCAAUACUGUACUAAUAGUAUAGUAUAAGUAUUAGUAAUAGUUUAGUACUGGUAUAAGUAUCAGUAUAGUAUAAGUACAGUAUUGUAUAAGCAACUGUAUAGUAUAGUUGUAAGUAUUAGCAUGAGUUAAUAGUAUAAGUAAUAGUUAUAAGUAUUGGUAUAAGUAUCAAUAUAGUAUAAGUACAGUAUUGUACAAGUAACAGUAUAGUAUAGUUAUAAGUAUUAGCAUUAGUUAAGUCAUAUGUACAGUAUAAGUAAACAAAAAUAAUACUUAUAACUAUACUAUUAUACUAUAUUAAGUAUAACUAUUAUAACGACACUAAUCAUACUAAUACUGUACUUUACUAAUACUAUACCUAUAUUAACGCUAAUACUUACAACUAUAUUAUUAUACAGUACUAUACUUACACUAAUACUUAUAACUAUACCAAUAUUUAUACUGUACGAUACUAAUACUUAUAACUAUACUAAUGCUAAUACUUAUAACUUUCCUAUACUGUUACUUAUAUCUGUACUAUACUGUACAUAUACUGUAGUUAUAAGUAUUAGUAAUAGUAUAAGUAUUAGUAAUAGUUUAGUUUACUACAUUACAUUAUCGUAUAAGUAAUAGUUAUACUAUACUGAUACUUAUACCAGUACUUAUAAGUACAGUAUUGUAUAAGCAACUGUAUGGUAUAGAUAUAAGUAUUAGCAUUAGUUAAUAGUAUAAGUAAUAGUUAUAAGUAUUGGUAUAAGUAUCAAUAUAGUAUAAGUACAGUAUUGUACAAGUAACAGUAUAGUAUAGUUAUAAGUAUUAGCAUUAGUUAAUAGUUAUAAGUAUAGUAUAAGUAAACAAAAAUAAUAUUUAUAACUAUACUAUUAUACUAUAAUAAGUAUAACUAUUCUUAUAACGACACUAAUCAUACUAAUACUGUACUUUAUUAUUACUAAUACUAUACCUAUAUUAACGCUAAUACUUACAACUAUAUUAUUAUACAGUACUAUACUUACACUAAUGCACUAAUGGGGUGGCGUGGCUCAGUGGUAGAGUAAUUGUCCCCCAACCCGGAGGUUGUGGGUUCGAUUCUUCACCCUGAUGAACUCGUCUAAGUGUCCUUGAGCAAGACACUGAACCCCACGUUGCUCCUGGUGCUGCGUCACCAGUAGGUGGAUGGUGAGAUAGUGCAAAGCGCUUUGAGCGCCUUCAAAGGUGGAAAAGCGCUAUAUAAGCGUAACACCAUUUACCAUAAUGCUUAACUAUACCAAUAUUUAUACUGUACGAUACUAAUACUUAUAACUAUACUAAUGCUAAUACUUUUAACUUUCCUAUACUGUUACUUAUAUCUGUACUAUACUGUACAUAUACUAUUACUAAUACUUAUAACUAUACUAUUAUACUGUACUAAUACUUAUAACUGUUCUUAUAACUAUACUUAUACUAUACUAUAACUAAUACUAUACUAUACCUAUACUAACGCUAAUACUUAUAACAUUACUUACGCUAAUACUAAUAUACUGUACGAUACUAAAAAUACUAUACUAAUGCUAAUGCUCAUACGUUUACUAUGCUAAUAAUGUAAUACUAAUACUAUAUCAUACUAUACUAUACAUAAUUUUCAUGUCACAAUUUGGCCUAAAAAAAAAGACUUCAGCAAUUAUGCAUUGAGGCUAACAAUAUGAUUUUGACCUGAAUGAGCAAAUACAUUUACAAUUGUUGAACUAAGUCAUUUUUUGUGGAAAAGCAGGGAAAAUCGCUACUAAAAAUAAUUUGGGAGUUGACGGCUUCAGGGUGAAAUUUUAAGAUGAUCAUAAAAUACAGAUGAAAUAAACUUGAGGCAAGUGACUAUUUUUGGUCUUAUAAAAAGCUUAACUUAAAUACAAUUACUGGUAAUGAAGAUCUUGCAAUAGUUUUUUAAAAUUAUUAUUAUUGCUGUGAUUUUUGGACUAUACAGUAAGCUGCACCCACCAAAUUUCACAACAAAAUAGUAGUCAUUUCUAUAUAAGCUGCACUGGACGAUAAGCCGCAGGUUUAUUCAGACCUAAACACUACAAAAAAUUUUAACUGGGUACACAAAAAAACAACAACUUGAUACCAUUUUUGUAACUACUAAAAAAAGCUGUUUAAUUAACUCUUUCAGUACACUCCAAAAAUUAUGGAAAAUAACUUUUUUUGAGGUUUUGAGUAAGAACAUCUAAACUAUAUUCGGAGGAGUUAGAAGUAUUAACAUCCAAUUUACAUUAACAUUCAAUUUAUGCUCAUCUUAAAACUUCCAAAGGAAUCGCCGAAUAUUUCCCAACUUUUUCAUAGUCGUGUACUGUAAUGUAAAAUGUUCCUGUAAUUACUCAUCCACUUGUCUACAUUUCGUACACUGAGUCAGCUUCUAAUUUCUCACCAUUUUAUUGUUUACUUUUUUUGUGGUCGGUGCCUUGAUUGUAUGAGUUGAAAUUUUAAUAAAUUAAAAGAGUUUUUCCUAACCCUUUCAUGCAUGAGUUGAAUGUUCUUGUUCUGUUCAAAUUAGGGCUGUCAAAAUUAUCGCGUUUACGGGCGGUAAUUAAUUUUUUUAAUUAGUCACGUUAAAAUAUUUCACGCAAUUAACGCACAUGCCCCGCUCAGAUAGAUUUAAAUGACAGUACAUUGAAAUGCCCACUUGUUAAUUGUGUUUUAUGGAGUUUUGCUGCCCUCUGCUGGCGUUUGGGUUUGACUGAUUUUAUAGGCUUCAGCACCCCAUGAGCAUUGUGUAAGUAAUUAUUGACAUCAACAAUGGCGGGCUACUAGUUUAUUUUUUGAUUGAAAAUUUUACAAAUUUUAUUAACACGAAAACAUUAAGAGGGGUUUUAAUAUAAAAUUUAUAUAAGUUGUACUAACAUUUAUCUUUUAAGAACUACAAGCGUUUCUAUCCAUGGAUCGCUUUAACAGAAUGUUAAUAAUUUUAAUGCAAUCUUGUUGAUUUAUUGUUAUAAUAAACAAAUAGAGUCCUUAUGUACCGCAUGUUGAAUGUAUAUAUCCAUCUUGUGUCCUAUCUUUCCAUUCCAACAAUAAUUUACAGAAA